AUGUCCAUGCUUCCGACGUUUGGCUUCACGCAGGAACAAGUGGCGUGUGUCUGCGAAGUCCUCCAACAAGGGGGGAACAUCGAGCGGCUGGGGCGCUUCCUCUGGUCCCUCCCGGCGUGCGAGCACCUCCACAAGAAUGAGAGCGUCCUCAAAGCGAAAGCCGUGGUCGCUUUCCACCGGGGGAACUUCCGAGAGCUCUACAAGAUCCUGGAGAGCCACCAGUUCUCGCCGCACAACCACCCGAAGCUGCAGCAGCUGUGGCUCAAAGCGCACUACAUCGAGGCGGAGAAGCUGAGAGGCCGCCCGCUCGGCGCCGUGGGGAAGUACCGCGUCCGGAGAAAGUUCCCCCUGCCCCGCUCCAUCUGGGACGGAGAGGAGACCAGCUACUGCUUCAAGGAGAAGAGCAGGAGCGUCCUGCGGGAGUGGUACACCCACAACCCUUAUCCAUCCCCACGGGAGAAAAGAGAGCUGGCCGAGGCCACGGGACUCACGACCACGCAGGUCAGCAACUGGUUCAAAAACCGACGGCAGCGAGACCGAGCAGCUGAGGCGAAGGAAAGAGAAAACAACGAGAACUCCAACAGCAAUAGUCACAACCCAUUGACUUCUUCCAUGAAUGGAAAUAAAACUCUUUUGGGGAGUUCGGACGACGAUAAAACCCCCUCGGGGACACCGGAUCACACGUCUCCGAGUCCGGCUCUGCUGCUCGGCCCCAACAGCGGUUUGCCGUCCCUGCACGGCCUUGCGCCCCCGCCGGGACCCAGCGCAAUCCCGGUACCAAGCGGCGCAGACUCGGUGCACCAUCACCACUCAUUGCACCAUGACACCAUACUGAACCCUAUGUCUUCUAAUCUAGUGGACCUUGGCUCCUAAAAAUGGCGCAGAAAAAGGGGGACAGAGAGCACCAUUUUUUUUUGUUGUUGUUGUUUUUUGGAGAAGUAAUUUGCGAGGUGGCGUGAGCAAAGCUUCAAGCACUUGCGGCAAAGGUGCAAAGCAGACAGACUGGAACACUGCGAAACCAGCCACCUAACAAAUCAUCUAGUCUCAUAUUCUGCAUUUUCAAUGUUCUUUUUUUCAACAAGUGGGGAAAAAAAAUCCGUCAAUGGGGGCAAAAUCCGAAUCAAACUUCACCUUGUUGGGGAGAUUAUUUAGAAAAGUGUCGACAGCAGAGCACUUAAAAAUAUUUUCACACCCAAUCACAUAUUAUUUCUCCGUAAUGCGCUUGAGGGAAAUAUAAUUUAAACGAUUAAUAGAUUUGAGAUUAUAUGACUUGUUAAGACGCAUAAUUUUUUUGCAGUAGUGGCACAGAAAGAAAAAAAGAAAGAAAAAGGGAAAAAGUAUUUUACCGGAAUGUAAUAACGUAACAUGUUAUAUUGUUGAAAACAAUAACAAUAAAGUGUCUUAAUUCUUGUUA